CCCUCCGUCUCUCACAGGCACACACCCCUCCCCUGCCCUCCCGCCCCGGACUCCGGCUCCAGCUCCGGUUGCAGUUUUGUAACCGCCGCCACCAAUUCGCAGGCGGCUCAGGUGGCUCCCGCUUCGAUGUCCUAGUCCAGGGGCCCCCGGGCCGGACUCGGCUGGGCUCCCUUCUCCCUCCUUUGGAGUCAUGAGGGCGAAUGGGGCUCUGCAGGUGCUGGGCUUGCUUCUCAGCCUGGCCCGGGGCUCCGAGGUGGGCAACUCACAGGCAGUGUGUCCUGGGACUCUGAAUGGGCUGAGUGUGACUGGCGAUGCUGAGAACCAGUACCAGACACUGUACAAGCUCUACGCGAGGUGUGAGGUGGUGAUGGGGAACCUGGAGAUUGUGCUCACAGGACACAAUGCUGACCUCUCCUUCCUGCAGUGGAUCCGAGAAGUGACAGGCUAUGUCCUCGUGGCCAUGAAUGAAUUCUCUACACUACCACUACCCAACCUCCGAGUCGUGCGGGGCACCCAAGUCUAUGAUGGGAAGUUUGCCAUCUUUGUCAUGUUGAACUAUAACACCAAUUCCAGCCAUGCUCUUCGCCAGCUCCGCUUUACUCAGCUCACUGAGAUUCUGUCAGGGGGUGUCUAUAUUGAGAAGAAUGAUAAACUUUGUCACAUGGACACGAUUGACUGGAGAGACAUCGUGAGGGACCGAUGUGCUGAGAUAGUGGUGAAGGACAAUGGCAGAAGCUGUCCCCCCUGUCAUGAGGUCUGCAAGGGGAGAUGCUGGGGUCCCGGACCAGAAGACUGCCAGACAUUGACCAAGACCAUCUGUGCCCCUCAGUGUAAUGGUCACUGCUUUGGGCCCAACCCCAACCAGUGCUGCCAUGAUGAGUGUGCAGGGGGGUGCUCAGGCCCUCAGGACACAGACUGCUUUGCCUGUCGACACUUCAAUGAUAGUGGAGCCUGUGUACCCCGGUGUCCACAGCCUCUUGUCUAUAAUAAGCUAACUUUCCAGCUGGAACCCAAUCCACACACCAAGUACCAAUAUGGAGGAGUUUGUGUAGCCAACUGUCCCCACAACUUUGUGGUGGAUCAGACGUCCUGUGUCAGAGCCUGUCCUCCUGACAAGAUGGAAGUAGAUAAAAAUGGGCUAAAGAUGUGUGAACCUUGUGGGGGGCUAUGCCCUAAAGCCUGUGAGGGGACAGGUGCUGGAAGCCGCUUCCAGACUGUGGACUCAAGCAACAUCGAUGGAUUUGUGAACUGCACCAAGAUCCUGGGCAACCUGGACUUUCUUAUCACUGGCCUUAAUGGAGAUCCCUGGCACAAGAUCCCUGCCCUGGAUCCUGAGAAGCUCAAUGUUUUCCAGACAGUCCGGGAGAUCACAGGUUACCUGAACAUCCAGUCCUGGCCUCCUCACAUGCACAACUUCAGUGUUUUUUCCAACCUGACCACCAUUGGAGGCAGAAGCCUCUACAACCGAGGCUUCUCGUUGCUGAUCAUGAAGAACUUGAAUGUAACAUCUCUGGGCCUCCGGUCCCUGAAGGAAAUUAGUGCUGGGCGUAUCUACAUAAGUGCCAAUCGGCAGCUGUGCUACCACCAUUCCUUGAACUGGACCAAGCUGCUUCGGGGGCCUUCAGAAGAGAGACUAGACAUCAAGCACAAUCGGCCCCGCAGAGACUGUGUGGCAGAAGGCAAAGUGUGUGACCCACUGUGCUCCUCUGGGGGAUGCUGGGGCCCAGGCCCUAGUCAGUGCUUAUCCUGCCGAAACUACAGCCGAGGAGGUGUCUGUGUCACCCACUGCAACUUUCUGAAUGGGGAGCCUCGUGAGUUUGCCCAUGAUGCUAAAUGCUUCUCCUGUCACCCAGAAUGCCAACCCAUGGAGGGCACUGCCACAUGCAAUGGCUCGGGCUCUGAUGCUUGUACCCAAUGUGCCCAUUUUCGAGAUGGGCCCCACUGUGUGAGCAGCUGCCCAAAUGGAGUCUUAGGUGCCAAGGGCCCCAUCUACAAGUACCCGGAUGUUCAGAAUGAAUGUCAGCCCUGCCAUGAGAACUGCACUCAGGGGUGUAAAGGACCAGAGCUACAAGACUGUUUAGACCAAUCAUUGGAGCUGAUCAGCAAAACCCAUCUGACAAUGGCUUUGAUGGUGAUAGUAGGAUUGGUAGCAAUUUUCCUGAUCUUGGGUGGCACUUUUCUCUAUUGGCGUGGGCGCCAGAUUCAGAAUAAAAGGGCUAUGAGGCGCUACUUGGAACGAGGUGAGAGCAUAGAGCCUCUGGAUCCCAGUGAGAAGGCUAACAAAGUCUUGGCCAGAAUCUUCAAAGAGACAGAGCUGAGGAAGCUUAAAGUGCUUGGCUCAGGUGUCUUUGGAACUGUGCACAAAGGAGUGUGGAUCCCUGAGGGUGAAUCUAUCAAGAUUCCAGUCUGCAUUAAAGUCAUUGAGGACAAGAGUGGACGGCAAAGUUUUCAAGCUGUGACGGAUCAUAUGCUGGCCAUUGGCAGUCUAGACCAUGCCCACAUUGUACGGCUGCUGGGACUAUGCCCAGGAUCAUCUCUGCAGCUUGUCACUCAAUACUUGCCUCUGGGUUCCCUCCUGGAUCAUGUAAGACAACACCGGGGAGCACUAGGGCCACAGCUGCUGCUCAACUGGGGAGUGCAAAUUGCAAAGGGGAUGUACUACCUUGAGGAGCACGGUAUGGUACAUAGGAACCUGGCUGCCCGAAAUGUGCUACUAAAGUCACCUAGUCAGGUUCAGGUAGCAGAUUUUGGUGUGGCUGAUCUGCUGCCGCCGGAUGAUAAACAGCUACUACAUAGUGAGGCCAAGACUCCAAUUAAGUGGAUGGCCCUUGAGAGUAUUCACUUUGGGAAAUACACACACCAGAGUGACGUCUGGAGCUAUGGUGUGACAGUUUGGGAGUUGAUGACCUUCGGAGCUGAGCCCUAUGCAGGGCUACGAUUGGCUGAAGUGCCAGAUCUGCUAGAGAAAGGGGAACGGUUGGCACAGCCCCAGAUCUGCACCAUUGAUGUCUACAUGGUGAUGGUCAAGUGCUGGAUGAUUGAUGAGAACAUUCGACCAACCUUUAAAGAAUUAGCCAAUGAAUUCACCAGGAUGGCCCGAGACCCACCCCGGUAUCUGGUCAUAAAGAGAGAGAGUGGGCCUGGAAUAGCACCUGGGGCAGAGCCUCCUGCUCUUACAGACAAGGAACUAGAAGAAGUAGAGCUGGAGCCAGAACUAGACCUAGACCUAGACUUGGAAGCAGAGGAGGACAAUCUGGCAACCACACUGGGCUCUGCCCUCAGCCUACCCAUUGGAACACUUAAUCGACCACGUGGGAGCCAGAGCCUUUUAAAUCCAUCAUCUGGAUACAUGCCCAUGAACCAGGGCAAUCUUGGGGAAGCUUCCCAGGAUUCUGCAGUUUGUGGAGGUAGUGAAAGGUGUCCCCGUCCAGUCUCUCUGUAUCCAAUACCACGCACACGCCUGGCAUCAGAGUCAUCAGAAGGCCAUGUGACAGGCUCUGAAGCUGAGCUCCAGGAGAAGGUGUCAAUGUGUAGGAGCCGGAGCCGGAGCCGGAGCCGGAGCCCACGUCCCCGCGGAGACAGUGCCUACCAUUCUCAGCGCCAUAGUCUACUUACUCCUGUCACCCCACUCUCCCCACCAGGCUUAGAGGAAGAGGAUGUCAACGGUUAUGUAAUGCCAGAUACACACCUUAAAGGUACUCCCUCCUCCCGAGAAGGCACUCUUUCUUCAGUGGGUCUCAGUUCUGUCCUGGGUACUGAAGAAGAUGAAGAUGAGGAGUAUGAAUACAUGAACCGGAGAAGGCACGGUCCACUUCAUCCCCCCAGGCCAAGUUCCCUCGAGGAGCUGGGUUAUGAGUACAUGGAUGUGGGAUCAGACCUCAGUGCCUCCCUGGGUAGCACACAGAGUUGCCCACUCCACCCUGUGCCCAUCAUGCCCACUGCUGGCACAACUCCAGAUGAAGACUAUGAAUAUAUGAAUCGGCGACGUGGUGGAGGUGGUCCUGGGGGGGAAUAUGCAGCCAUGGGGGCCUGCCCAGCAACUGAACAAGGGUAUGAAGAAAUGAGAGCUUUCCAGGGGCCUAGCCACCAUGCCCCCCAUGUUCAUUAUGCCCGCCUCAAAACACUACGUAGCCUAGAAGCUACUGACUCUGCCUUUGAUAACCCUGAUUACUGGCAUAGCAGACUUUUCUCCAAGGCUAAUGCCCAGAGAACAUAACCCCUGCUCCCUGAGAUACUCAGGGAGUAUUUCAUGGCAGCUAGUGCCUCUAGAGGGUACCCCUAUUUCUCUCUACUUCCUCUUCCUCUUUUACAGGUUUUAGCCCUACUUCGCCAGUCCUAGACAAUUCUACUCAACCUUUGGAGGCUUUUAAACACUUUGACAAAAAAUUCUUGUGAUAUGUAGCCAGCUGUGCACUUUCUUCUCUUUCCCAACACCGGGAAAGAAGGUUUUUCCCUGUUUUGUGUGCUUUCUCAGUCUGAUUCCUCAGCCUCCUCACGGGGACUCCUGGAGAUAUGAAGGAUUAUUCUCCCUGUCAGUUUAUCUCAGGCUCUGACUUAUUGGGACUAGGUUCAGAAAGAGGAAUGGGAGGAAACCUGGGAGAGGACAGUAAAAUUUUAACGUAUGACUCUUAAUGUCUUAGAAAGACCAGGAAGCUUAAAAGUUUGUCAAGUGCAGAAAGAGGUUAGGAAUACAUAUUGAUUACUGUUAAUUGAACACUAUGAGCUAGGCAUCAUGUUAAACUUUACCUAUACUAUCUCAUCCUUAAAACAAUUCUGAGAUACAUAUUAUCCCAUUAUGCAGAUAAGGAAAGUGAGCCUUAAAGAGACUAAGUAAAUAAAGCAGCAGGACCAGGACUCAAAAUCUUUCUAAUUCCAGUGCACACCUCCUACUAUAAGGUGUCAAGGAAAACUGAUGUAAGUCAGAGCCCUUGUAAGGGUCAUUGUUUUCUUUCUUUUGCACUGAAUGAAGUCUAACUCCCAACAACCACAUCCUCCUCCUGUGUCCAGACCUCUCAUCUCAGGAUGUGGUGGGGAAGGGGGUCAAAAGGAAAAGUAACAAAAUAUCUUUGGGUAAACCAUAACCUACAUGUGCUAUAAAUGAUCUCCACUCCUUACUCACAUCUGUCCCCAAGAUCCACUUUUAGGAACUAUUCUCAUCCAGCAGUGAGAAGCUUCCAGAUGGGACAGAAAGAAGACCCAGCUUCAGACCUCUGUCCCCUCGGAUGGAGAACUGGGGGAAAAUGUAUGUUGUAUCAUUGAAGUUUUUUUGUUUUGUUUUUAUACAUGUCUGAAUAAAAAUGCAACAGCUUUUUUCAGGUU